AUGGCCAUCUUCGACGUCAAAGUCGUCAUUGUGGGCGAUGCAGGCUGUGGCAAGAGCAGCCUGCUGCAGCGCCUGCUGACGGGGCGGUUCCAGCGAGACUUGAACCCCACCUAUGCCCCGGAAUUCGGAGCCAAGAAGAUAGAGGUGGAGGUGGCGGCCUGUGACAAGGCGGGCAGCAGGGCCGGCAGCACGUGUAGCGGGGCCAACAGCGGCGGCGGCGGUGGGCAGGAUACCGGGGCCGUCGCAAGCCGCCGUGUUACCUGCGGCAUCUGGGAUACCUCCGGCUCCUCCCGCUUCCAUUCUGUCAGCCGCAGGUUCGUCAAUGGCGCCGAUGCGGUGCUGGUGUGUUGGGACCCGUCAAGCAGGCAGAGCUGGGACAGGCUGCGGGCGUGGGUAGGAGACGCCCGGGCUCAAGAGCCAGCGGCGCUCAUCUACCUGUGCGCCUGCAAGAGCGACCUGCUGGCGCCAGCUCAGCGCGUGCCAGCUCAGCAGGCGGCGGCCGCCGAGCCGGCACUGGAGGUGGAGGUGGAGCGGGUGAACGGCGGCGGCGGCGCGGCCCCGAUCUCGCCCUGGCUCUGGCUGCAGCAGCAGCAGCAGCAGCAGGCGCAGCAGCAGCAGCAGCAGCAGGCGCAGCAGCAGCAGGCGCAGCAGCAGGCGCAGCAGCAGCAGCAGCAGCAGCAGGCGCAGCCGCAGCCGCGGGCAGAGCCGCAGGUCGCGGCGGCGGGCUGGAAGUCUCCCGCGCGCGGCGCCGGCGGCAGGCGGUCCCUGGAUGCACCCACCACCCCUCUGAAGGCCGACCGGCAGUCGCCGUCGGGCAGCCAGGGCACGCCGGGGUCGCCGGUGCCAGCCACGGCGGCGGGGCGGAAAGUGGCGGCGGAGCACGCGCGGGCGGCGGCGGCCGAGGUGGUCGCCAGUCUGACGGGGCAGGCGGUGCCCUCGCCGUUUGCGGCCGCAGCACAGCCGCCGGCCGGCAGCGGGGCCUGGUUGCCUGGCCAGCGCCCCGGCAGCGGCGCCUCGCACGCCUCUGCAUCCCCAAGCGGCGGCGGCGGCGGCGCCUCCCCGGAGGGUUGGCAGGCGGCGAGCUCCGGCGCCUCCCACCAGCGUGCCUCUAAGCCGGGAUCGCGGCAGCAGGAGCAGCGGCGGCAGCAGCAGGAGCGGCAGCGCGGCGCCUCGCCCGAGGCAGGCGGCAGCCCGGCAGCUGGUGGGCGGCGGGUGGGCACGCCCCGCCGCCGCCCGCGCGUGCGCCUGCAGCAGGAGAGCGACGGCGAGGGCGAGGAGGAGGAGGAGGCGGCGCCGCCGCUGCAGCAGGCUGCGGUACCGCAGGCUGCCAUCCAGCACUACUGCCGCACGGAGGGCCUCCCUCUGGUGUGGGUGUCGUCGCGCACAGGCGAGGGGGUGGUGGAAGCCUUCCGCACCAUUGCCCAUGAGGCGGUGAGCCAGCAGCAGCGCCGCGGCGCGCAGGAGCGGGGCCUUCUGCAGCAGGGCGGGCGCUGGCCGGCGCUGCGGAGCCGCUCGCGGCAGGGGCACGAGGGCGAGCGCCCGGGCGCGCCUGCAGCCAGCCGGCCAGCCUCCCGCAGCCCCUCGCUGCCGCCCCAGCAGCGGCCGCAGGCCGGAGGGCAGGCCCCGCGGCCGCAGUCAGCCGGCAGCAGCAGCCGGCGCGUGGGCGCAGCGGGAGGGGGCGAGGGCGCGGGGCGGCGCAGCGGCAGCCGGAGUGCCUCGCACCUGCCUCGCACCGCUGCCGGCGGCAGCAGGGGCGGCAGCAGGGCCGGCAGCACGGCUGGCAGCACAGGCCUAGGGCUGCAGCAGCAGCAGCACGAGUAUGUUCUUGGCACCUCCCAGUUUGAGGCCGGGCGGCGGAGAGGGCCCGAGGAGAAGUCUUGCUGCAUCAGCUGA